AAUAAACGAAAAAUGAGCGACUUGGAGUUUAGAAAAUGAUCUCAUUGCUCUAGAGAAGCAAUAUUGUACCAUGAGGAAUUAGAACGUUUUUACUGCGGAAAUUAUCAAACAAAUCACAAAAACAUUAGGUUCAAGCAAGGCCUUGUGCAGCUGAAUACUAAAAAAGAUCUAGAGCUUACAUUAAAGAGAUUUGAGGGUUUAAUCCUAUUUUCAGAGGAGUACAUGAAAUCAAUCGGCCAGAACUUCCCUAAGACUUAUGCAGAUGAGAUCAGAAGCUUCGAGCAAUGGCUUGCAGACAACAAGGAAAAGUUUAAAGACUUAAAAGCCGAGGACAAUGCUGCCCAAAUUCAUGAAGCUGUAAAGGAAGUCGAAGAUAAAUAAAGAUGAGUUUACAGCAACAAAAUGAUUUAGAGAAUGAGGCAGUGAGUUCAUCGAGAACUAUUUUAUGAAGAAUAAAAAGGAAACUGAAGAGAGUAAAGAGAAUUUAGGAAUCCAGGAGGUGUCAAUCCAUACAUCAGAUUAUUUCAGAUACACUUACAGUACCCAGAGUCACAGAGGCACUACUUCUCAGGAAGAUUUUUCAGUAGUUGACGAAGAAAAUAAGAAGAAAAUAAGUGAGUGUCAUGCUUAUAAAAAUGAAGAAGAGAAGAAAGGAGAUUUAACAGAGAAAAAUAGUGAGCAUUGUAAGCCAAGCAAGAACCUACUAGACAGUGAGGUCAAGAGAAAUGACUCUAUUACUGAGAGCAACAAAGACAUCAAAGAUGAGAUCAACCCUCCUGGCUCAAGAUGGAUGACUGAUCUGAGUAAUACAGAAAAGAAGCGGGCAUGCUGGGAUUUAAGCCCAUUACGUGAGUCUUUUAAGAAAUUCCCUGAGCUUGAAACUCAACUUCAAAACGAUAAGAUCUAUUAUGUUGACCUGAUAGUUCCAGAUAUGAGGGAUAUAUUAGACAAGACAACAGAGUUUAAAUUUCCUCCAAGUAUUGCUCACAUUAAGAUUGACAAUAUUCCUUGUGACUUUCCUCCUCUCAAAGGCCUCCUAAGAGACUGUAUUAAGAAAGAGAUUCCCCACCUCUCUUUGCAUUGGCAAGAUAAUGUGCUAGCUGAUGAGUAUAUGGAGUACAUUGGAGAGGCUGUAAAAGCCAUCACUGAAAGUAUCAAGUUGAGCAACUUUAAACUUCAAGAUCCCUCACUGUUGACUAAGUUGUUCAAUAAAGAGUCGAAAGUAAGGUCAAUAGAAGUGAAGAAUUUCAGCAUCUUGCAGAAACCAGAUACAGUAAAAGAAGGAGCCUCUCUUUGGUACGAUAUAGGUGAUGCUACGAUCGAACUUCCUGAAGAUGUGAAUGAGACCCUUGAUAAGGUGACAAUCAUCCCUAAAAGUGGGCAAUUUGAACUGAACAUUUGCAAUGUCAAUGAGGAAGGAGAAGUGGAAGGAAGAUGUGAAAAGUUCCAACUAUCUGGAUCAAAAGAAUAACUG